AUACAAUACCAACAGACUAACACGAUUAUUCUACAUAUCAAGUAGCUGUAACGAAGCCUUUAAAACUAAAGUCAGUCUUAUGUGUGCAGUUUUUGUGUAAAAAUGGGUAGUAAUAAUGUAAAUUCAGUUAUUGUGGUUGGCGGUGGUUUGGUUGGUUCUUUGUGUGCUAUUUUUAUGGCCAAGAGAGGCUACCAUGUUACACUUUUUGAAUUUAGGGAAGAUAUUAGGACGGCAAAGUUUGCUCGAGGUCGUUCGAUAAAUAUGGCUUUGUCGAAUCGUGGUAGAAAUGCUUUACGUGCUGUUGGAAUAGAAAACAUGAUUCUUGAAUCAGCAAUUCCAAUGAAAGGGCGACUUUUACAUGAUUUGAAGGGGCGAACUACUAGUGUACCUUACGAUGCUUUAACCGGACAAUGUAUUUAUUCCAUCAGCAGAAACUACUUAAAUAACGUACUAUUAACUGAAUUAGAGAAGUACCCAAAUGUUAAAAUUUUCUUCAAUCACAAAUUAAUAAGCGUGAGCUUUGAAGACGAAAGAAUUUCGGUUAUAAAUUUGAAAACUCAAGAAAUUGAGACUCACCAAGCUGACCUAAUAAUAGGAGCUGAUGGGGCGUACAGUACUCUUCGUCGUUACAUGCAACAAACGCCUCUUUUCGAAUACAGUCAAACAUACAUCCAGCACGGCUACCUCGAAUUGGUUAUCCCUCCCGAAAACGGCCCCAAAAUGACCCUCAAUCAUCUACAUAUUUGGCCUCGCGGACAAUUCAUGAUGAUUGCGUUACCAAAUAAGGACAAUUCCUGGACUGUCACUCUUUUUAUGCCUUUUGCAAAAUUUGAAAGUUUGAGAAAUGCUUCGGAAUUAAAAGAUUUUUUUUACAAUACUUUCCCUGACGCUGUUCCCCUCAUAGGUGAAAAUCUCCUUGUCAACGAUUUCUUUAAAGUGAAGCCAUCAGCUUUGGUUUCGGUCAAGUGUAAACCAUACCAUGUGGGUGGCAAAUUUCUGCUAAUUGGGGACGCAGCGCAUGCUAUGGUUCCAUUUUAUGGGCAAGGAAUGAAUGCAGGAUUUGAGGAUUGUUUUAUUUUGGACAGUAUUUUGGAAAGAAGAAGUAAUGAUAUCUCGGGGUCUAUUGAGGACUUUAGUAGAGAAAGGGUUGAAGAUGCUUAUGCUAUUUGCGAACUGGCGAUGUAUAAUUAUGUAGAAAUGAGGGAUCUUGUGACUAGGUCUUCGUACCGUUUAAGGAAAUUUUUUGAUGAUGUACUUUUUAAGUGUAUGAAGGAGAAAUGGAUCCCGUUGUAUAAUUCGGUCACCUUUUCGAAUAUUGGAUAUAAAAAGUGUGUGGAGAAUCGGAAGUGGCAAAAUAAGAUUAUUCAAAAAUUUAUCUGGACGAUUGGCUUGGGUACUAGCGCACUGCUUGCAUAUGGAUUACGAAUUUGCUUGUAUUAACUAUUUUUUAUUUGCUUCUCUUAUCAGUUUAAUUUAUUAAGUAUGAGACUUUUCUUUAUUAAACGAGUAUGGGUAUUCAAGAUUUAAGCUAACAUAAUAACAGUUUUAAAAUCUUUCCUUGAGGAUCUUUCAAAGUAUUGGCUUUUGUACAUUUCAAACAAUUAAAUUAAUGCUUGGAGAAAUUUCUGGUGAAGACUUUUGAUUUGUUCCUCACUUGAAUUUUUGUUUUUUUUUAGGACCAUCCCAAAAAAAACUUUGAUAAACUGCUCUUUCAUAAAAUAAACAAUUUAGGAUAUUGAAAAUUUCUCAGACAAGGAAAGAAAUUUUUGCCAAAAGCUUCCUUCAACAGCAAAUAAAUCAUUUUUAACAAAUGUGUAAAUUAAAGGAAAAAAUACUUAAAAAUUACUUAAAAAUAAAAUUAUUACUUAAAAAAUUAUUCCAACUCUAGACAUUUAGUCUGAGGGUUAUCAAAAAAUUUGUGUUUAUAUUUUUCGAACAGCUUUAACAACUCUUCUUCAAAUUUCUUGUACAGAUUAUCGAUUUCUUCAUCACCUGGGUUUUCUGUUUUGGAAACUUCAAUUGGUCUACCAACUACAACGUUUUUCGUUAAAUAAAAUUCAUUUAAAACAGUGGAUACUUACCAACGGUCAUUAUAGGUUUUUUUCUUGGAACCAUCCCAAAAGAAUUUUGAAAAACUCCUCUUCCAUUAAAAAGACCACAAGCAAGUAUUGGAAAUCUCUUAGUAACAAAACGAAAUUUUUGUAAAAAACUUCCUUCAACGGCUAACAAAUCGUUUUCACCAAAAGUCAAAACCGGCACUAAAGCAGCUCCGGUUUUUAAAGCCACUUUAACAAAACCUCUUCGACGUUUUACAAAACACUUGUAAAGCUCAGGUUGAAAUUGAUUAUAAGAACAUUCUACAGCACCACCAGGAAAUAAGACUACAAUUUCUCCCUUUUCGGGUCUGCUUAAGACCCAGGUAAGAGAUUUAAAUGAAGCCGAUAUGAACCCUAAACACAUUGCGAAAUCUCGUAACAACGGAAACCAAAAGAUAACAGAGAGUGUUGCGAUUUUUACUCGAAAAUUUGGGUACAAAUUAUGAAAUAAGGAAUAGGAGUUAACGAUAGUAGAAAAAACUCCCAUAGGUAGAACUCCAUGAGGAAAACAAGCAAAGAGAUAAUUUUUGGAUGGAUUUAGUUCAAAACCCGGGGCGAGUCUAAGUGUUAUGAGGAAAUGGUCAUGGACGUAUUUCCAAAACUUUAAAUUUUGUAACCAUUGUGAUGGUCGUGAACCUCGCUCAGGAGUGUGUUUGUCAAAAUAGAACCAACCAAAGUAUAGUAAAACCAACCACCACAAAGAAGUAGAUAACAAAUAAAAGCAAAAAAUUACAAGAAGAGGUCCUAUAAAAAUGAAACCAAAAUAUAUUGCACCUGCUGCAAACAUUUGAAGUCUUUGUUCAAACGGGGUGUCCCAAGGAUCAAAAAUUAUACCCAAAAUUCUCAUCUUUUACUUAAACGCUUUUGUGAGGCAAGCUUUUUAACUGAAGAGACUCUUGUAGAAUAUAGUAAAUAAAAAUAUAGUAAAAUAAUUAA